AUGAGCUCAGAAGAAGAUGUGAUAAGUGUCAUCAGCGUUCUUGGUCUCGCCUUAUUCAUCGGUCUCUGCAUCUUGCUAGUUGUUCUUAUCGCAACCUCAGCUAUCAUUGUUGUAAUCUACGCCAUCAUCGACUGCGUUCUCAGGCCAUUCUUAGGAACAUGUCUCGACCUAGAUCUCGAAACCGGAUUACAAAGAGUCCAACCACGUGCUAGAAUCGUGAGUUAUCACGCAAUCAUCCAGAACGGACUACGGUUACCAGAUUCCGCCGAGAAAGAAGGAAAAAAACGUGGGAUGAAACAAAGCGCGAUCGAAACCCUACUCCCGAAGUUGCUUGUCGGACAAGGCAAUCAUGAGGAUGAAGAAGAGGAGAGGUCACUAGAAUCAAGAGAAUGCGCGAUUUGUCUCGGUGGUUAUGUCGUUAAUGAAGAAUGCAGAGUGUUUCCGGUUUGCAGACAUAUCUAUCAUGCGCUUUGUAUUGACGCUUGGCUUAAGAAUCAUCUCACAUGUCCUACUUGUCGUAAAGACUUACCAGAAUCAUGACGACAA